AUCAUCCAUGUCAAAUCUAUGCAUCAAAUCUUAUAUGGUGCAGCAAAGUGCAAAGACACUAUUAAAAAUUUCUGUUUGCACAAGGUUUGUCUUCCACCCUCUUAGCUUUAUUUAAACGAACUUUCGAAACGUUUUCAUUUUCCCUAUUGAUUGGGUCCUCGCCACAAAAUGGCCGGGAAAGUCAGUGAACGUAAGAACAAAGUUGGAAAAGAUGCGAAAUCUGCUGCAGCUGAAAAAGGUGAAACCGUGGCAGCUUUCACAUUACCAGACAGUUUGCCCUGCUCCGAAAUUGAGUUUCCAAUAUUGUCCAAGAAGAAGUACACGGCCAAUUGGAACGAGAUAAUUGACGAAAGCAAUAAAACUUUUAAAGAGAUCGAGGAAUAUGCGCAAACCAAAAAAGAGCCUACAACUAAAUCACCAUUUUACAAAACCGAAAGUGAUUUUAUUACAAAGGAAGUUUUCGUUCAUCUCAUACCGGCAUUGGAAGAAACUUUAAACAAAGCAGUAAUAUGGGACGCUUUGAAAAGACAGAAAUGCUUUUUUAAUGGGAUUGAUCAUAUUGCACAGUACUUAUGGAACAACAAUCCCCGGUAUCCUGAGCGUCAAUAUAACAAUUUGCAUUUAUUUAACAUGCCUUGGGUUCGAGAGUUAUUGAAGUCAAAACCUCGUCCAUACUACCCGAAGUCCUGGCUAUGGCCAGAAGAUUAUGCAGCUACUUUGAUACAAAAAACCGUCCGGCAAUACUUCGUCCAGCGUGAAGAAGAUGUGCAAGAGAUGCGCGAUUUUUGGAAGAAACUGGAAAUCGAACAAAAUGUAUCUGAAAUGGAAACUAAUCUAUAUUUAGCCAAGAAGUUUGCUUCACAGCAGGCUUUCAAAAAUUAAACAAUACUUUCAAAAAAAUGGUUUAUAAUAUAAAAUUUGCAAGAACAAUAAAUUAUCUACUGUCUAAACUCUAAUAUUAUUUGCACAAUUUAUUUGACGGCUGCACAAACAAUUUACUAUGAGCUUACAUAUUUUGUCCCUUAUUUCUAAUUUGGGCCUUCUUUUUAUUCCAAGCAGUUAUUAUGUAUAGAACUGGAAUAUAAGCUGUCAAGAUGUGAGUAUAUAACCCUUGUAAUUUAAGUUUACUUAAUUCAAUUACUAACCUACUAACUAACCCCCGCACAAAAUUAGAUAGAUAAUGUAAAUCAGUAAAUACUUAAUAGGUGUAUGUACUAACUAGGAAUAAGUAGCUAAAAAAUUACGCAAAUGCUGAAUGUGUUCCAAUAAAGAGAAAAAAAUAUAUACAUAUAAUAAGUACAGAUAUAUAGAUAUAUAGUUGGGAAAAUCACAAAGUCAUGAAUGAGGAAGUUCUGCAACGCGUCGAUGAAAAAACGUGAGCUUUUGCACACCGUCAAGAUGUCAGAGAAGUUGUAUAUUUGGGGCACAAAAAUACAAACUUCUACAAUUCCUCAUGAUGGAAACGUUGCAGUAGGAAGAGGUAUUGUUCACAGAAAGAAGACCUGGCUACUCGGCAUCCAAGAGUGGAGAAAUCGCGAUGCCACCAACCUAUUUGCCUAACAAAGAACAGAAUGAAAGAUACAAAGCAUGAAAAAAAGCUGAUCUUUGCUUUUCAAGCCAGCUUCUGUUUUCCCCACCAAUCUUGGGAUCUU